CAAGAGGCGCUGCGGCAAAAUGUCAUAUUUCACUCCCAGCUCUCAGAGGACGAGCUCCCCUCUACUGUACUCUACUCUACUCUACUCUACUGUACUCUACUGCAGCUUUAAUUCCCUUAUCGUCGCUUCUUUCCUGUGUCGCUCUCUUGUAGUUCGAGAGGAUUUUUUUCUUUUUGAAACAGAAGCGCAAAGGAAAAGUCCCAGAUGAAGUGUUGUCCUGGUGAUAAGGUGUGAGAGGAAACUAAAGUAAAGAUGGGAGAGUGAAUGUUUUACCGCUGACAGCAGAGGAAGAGGAGUCCUGAACUGAUCUGCAGGUUUACCAGAAAGAAGAGAAGAGUCAGCAGAACCGCUCCUCCUCCUCUCCUCACAUCUUUUUAUUUCUUUUUUACUGAAAGCUCCUGAAUGCAGAUUCAUUUCCCUUCACACACGGUACUACCGGGGGCUCUUCACAGCCUCACGUCCUCCCUUUGCUCCCGUUUCUCCGUCCAGCAGCAGGGCGUCGCGGCUGUGCGUAAAAACCAAACCCUCCCCCUCAUCCCCGAGACCAGACCUCUCCAAACCGGCCAGUGAGAGGCUUCUACCAGGACCAGCACUUUAAAAACCUCUCCAAAGCGAGCAGCCAUGGAUGUGUUUAAGAGCCGCUUGUUGGGCAUUUCCGUGGCCGUGGCGCACGGUGUUUUCUCCGGCUCUCUCAACAUCCUGCUGAAGUUCCUCAUCACUAAUUAUCACUUCACCUUCCUGACGCUCAUCCAGUUCCUGACCAGCAGCACCGCGGCGCUCACUCUGGAGACCCUCAGGCGGCUGGGGAAGAUCAAGGUUCCCCCGUUCAGCUUCCAGCUGUCCAAGGAGUUUGCCUCGGUGUGUAUCCUCUCCACUCUGCAGUCCACUCUGACUCUGUGGUCUCUGCGUGGCCUCAGCCUUCCCAUGUACGUCGUGUUCAAACGCUGCCUGCCGCUCUUCACGCUCAGCAUCGGAGUGUGUGUGCUGAGGAACGGUGUGCCAUCCGUCGGGGUGGUGACCGCCGUGCUCAUCACCACCGGAGGAGCUGCAUUAGCUGGUGCUGGUGAUCUCACUGGCGAUCCCUUCGGUUACGUCACCGGCGUGUUGGCGGUGAUCAUCCACGCCUCCUACCUGGUCCUGAUCCAGAAAACCAGUCUGGACAGUGAGCACGGUCCGCUCACUGCGCAGUACGCCAUCGCCAUCAUGGCCUCUCCGGUGCUGCUGGUGUGCUCCUUCAUCUCCAUGGACACCAUCAACAUGUGGUCGUACGAGGGCUGGAGGGAUCCGCACAUCACGGUCAUUUUCGUCUUCUGCAUCUUCAUCGGCUGCGCCAUGAACUUCACCACGCUGCACUGCACCUACAUCAACUCCGCCGUCACCACCAGCUUCGUGGGCGUGGUCAAGAGCAUCGCCACCAUCACCGUCGGCAUGCUGGCAUUCAACGACGUCGCGCCGACCGGGCUGUUCAUUGGCGGCGUGGUGGUGAACACCAUCGGCUCCAUCACCUACUGCGUGGUCAAAUACUUUGAGACGAAGAAGAAGAGUUCGUACGAGGAUCUGGAAGAGGCUGGGAAGGACGGUACGCUGCCCGGGGAGCCUUACCAAGAGAAACCGCCGCUGAACGGUGACGGGCCUGCUCCUGGAACCGGGUCUGAUCCAGGUCAGCCACAGUUAGAGGGAGUGCUGAGCAGCGAUGGGAAGGAGGAGGCUGCGCCGCCUGGUUUGGCAAACGGACAGCUGUGGACAGGAGAUGGAGAAGCAGGAGUGAAUUCUUGUGUCAUGACGGAAAAAGAGGCGCUGGAGAUGCAGAGGGAGCACCUCCACAAGGAGAACACCACUCCUGGUCAGUCGCUCAGUGACAGCUAUCUUGGGGUGUGGAGGUCCAUCAGACACCUGCAGUUUAUGAAGAAAGAACCUUUGAUUGAUAACAUGGAGCAGCAGAGUCCAUAAGGACAGGACAAAGACCUGGACGGACACUAAAACAGAAAACUGGGAGAGAGUGGGAAGAUAGAAAAAGUUGAAGAAACAAGAGGAGAGAAAAAAAGGAGAAGGGCAGAAUAAAAACGACAAACUGAGGCUCUGUGUCCACUGGGAACCUCUUUUAUUAGCAUUAAAUUAAAACGCCUCAAUGAAAGCCAAAAGUUCAGUUUCAUCGCACGGAGCAGAAACAGGCUCUCAGUUGUGUUAAGAGUCAUUUUCCUUGUUUAUGAUGAGAAUUAAAAGAGGUUCCUGCUGGAGAAAAGUGGAUGAUGAGUUUUGGGAGAAGCUGCCUGCCAGAGAUAAAUUCUGCCUCUUGUCUCCUUCAGCUCUGUGGCGAGCAGCGGGGAUCAGGCUAGCCACCGUGUAGCAUGAUUUAGUUUGGUUCGCAUCCCCACUGAUUAAGUCAGCUAGAAAAACAAAAGCAGGUCUUUAAGAAAAACGAGUGCAUCUUGUACAAAACUGAAACAUCACAUCCAAUCAGGGAACAGCAAAACAAACCGCAGACACACCUGAAAGUUUCCUUUUUUUGUUUGAGUGAAACCUGGCUGAAUUCUUGUUUCUGAUUGGCUGUGAAUUAAAACCUUUAGCGCA